AUGUUCAAAUUCAUUUUUCAACAGGCAAAGAAGCACCCAGGACUCAUCCCCCAGUUUAUCUUCAUGAUAUUAGGAAUGGGGGGGGCUACCUUGUACCUGAUACGGCUUGCUAGAGGACCCCAUGUCAGCUGGGACAGAAAGAACAACCCAGAGCCCUGGAACAAACUCAGCCCAACAUAUCAGUACAAGUUGGUGGCCGUCAGCACGGACUACAAGAGUCUGAAAAAGGAGGGCCCUGACUUCUGAAGGUCUUUACUGUCAUUCCAGGGGCACACGGUGAGGUAGAGCCCCCCUGUCACCAUGCGCUCCUUGUGCCGGUGUGACACUUUCCUAUUUUGUAGCUUUAUUCCACAUCUUUCGUUAAGCUUUAUCGAUCAGGGUUUCCCUCAGUGCUCCAUUGGUGUGGUGGUCUGCCAAACCUCAGUUUUAUGCUGGCACACCGGCAAAUUUAAAAACACUUCGCUGUGUGAUGCUCAAGUUAAUCCUUUGAGCUCAAGGUCAAACAGAGAACACUAAAUACAGUAACUGAAACUAGUAUAAUUGG